AUGUAUGGACGUCCCGAGGUCCUCCAAGAGGGCGCCCGUCGCCUCGAGCAAGAGGCAAAAACCACUGGAACGCACACAAAGAUCAUUCACCGCCAGCUUGACAUUGGCGACUUCUCCGCUUUCGUCGUCAACGUCUCCAGUACCAUUACGCACAGUUACAUGCAGCCUGCCACUACGAAGCAUGCAGCAUACGCUUUCCAAAAAUCGUGCGGCACUAUGCUCUUCCAGAUGGUUGCGAAGGAUACACCCGUCGAUGAGAUGCAGAUCGCUUCCAUGCACCCUGGCCUUCUCUGGCAGGAGGAGUGGGUGAAGAUGGGCUUUAAAGAUGAUGUCGGAUUUGAUAACAUCGCUCUUCCGGGUAAUUUCGCAGUUUGGCUCGCAACCCCGAACGCCGCAUUCCUUCAUGGUCGGUUUGCUUGGGCAUCUUGGGAUGUUAACGAGCUAUCGGAGGGACCACUUCGCAAGCGCAUUGACGAGGAUCCUUACUAUCUCAAGAUGACUUUAGUCCUAUCUUCAGAAAAAGACGAAAUUUGUUAUUACCAAUCGUUCAUUUUUGCUAUGGGAAUAAACUAUGACUCGAUUUCGGACAAAGGAUGUGAUGGAGAUGAUGAUGAGCGUGACGACUCUGACUAUGAAGCUGAUGAUGACGAUGAUGACGAUUGCCAGACUGACGAGAAACAUGUUGACGAGUAUGACCGAGUCGAGACUGAGGUCCAUCCCAACUGA